AUGAUGUUGAAAAAGAGGUGUCAGGAAAGGGUAGUAUCGGAGAAGAAUGGUGUUUGGAAAGAAUGGUGUCUAGAAAGAGUAGUGUUGGGAGAGAGAAAAAGUGGUGUUGGGAAGGGUGGUGUCAGGGAAAAUUGGUGUUUAGAAAGAGGAAUGGUGUCUGGAAAAAGUGAUGUUAGGAAAGGUUUGCCAGUAGAGAAGAGAUUAUUAUUAGGUGAUUGUGUUGAAAAAGAGUUUGUCAAAGAGUUGGA